AUGACAAAUUCCAACAGCCCAAAAUCCAACCGCGCAAAUUCCAACAGCGAUUCCGGCCGGCCUGUUAGUAAUGGAGGGAGGUACCCCAUGGUCACACCCCGAUCGUGCCAGAACGAGGAACUACACCGUCUGCUGGCCAAACAGGGGCCAGUAUCAUGAGGUCAUGCACAAACCCUCUGCAGGUAUCUAAAUUUCAGGGCGUUCUGCGUCGUGUUGGCCGCACACGAGCCGAAAACGUCAACCCUGCCACAUUGCUCUGCUGACGUUCUU